GAAUAUCCCUUUCUCAAGCAACUUCUGGCAGCGUCCUGGGUACGAGCAUUCCUCUUGCAAAACAGGAAACACCCAGAUUACGGAUCGAUACGUUGCUAUAUUUUGGCAGAAGAUGUUGGCAGAGGCCAUUUGAGACGGACGGACAAGAAUCUGCGCAAGGCUUUGAGGACAAUUCUUGCGCAUCUUGAUGUGGCACCUGAAGCUUGGAACGCCGGUUACGAACUGGAUACGCAAGCAAGACCGAUGCUGAGUGAUGCUCAGCCAGAUGCAUCAUUGUCGUCUCUCUUCUAUCUCUACAAUACACUGAAAUCUCCGGAUCCGAGUCCCGAAAACGUGCCGGUCAGGCACACAAGGUCUGCGAUGGAGACCUUGCUGGACCCAAAUGACGCACCAGAUGGCCUGAAAACAACGCUCUAUCCCUACCAAAGGAGAUCGGCAGCUAUGAUGCUUCAAAAAGAGGCCGCACCCACUCUUCAGCUUGAUCCCCGUUUACGUCAAAUGGCCGGCCUUGAUGGGAGGACGUUCUAUUUCGACCAGGAAACGAUGGGAGUUUUGCAACAUCCAAGGUUGUACGAAGAGGCCAGAGGAGGAAUCCUGGCUGAGACCAUGGGCCUAGGUAAAACGCUCAUUUGCCUCGCUGUCAUUCUAGCAAGUAAAGGACAUUGGCCGCGUAUACCCGCAGAAUAUUCAACUGGAUUGCUUCCGCGUCGGGAGAAGGUUGGUUCUCUCCUCGACAUGGCAGCCAGUACGAUUGGAAGAUAUUCAAUCCCCUGGAAACCACAUUUCGGGGCUCUGACAGAGGCUGGUGAAGACCACAGCCGAUGCAUCGAACUCCUCAAAAAGAAUGUCGGACGAUACGAAAUCCCUGGAGCACCUCCUCGAAGCUUGCGUGCCACAGCCAUGCCAAAGAGCCGGCCGAUACGGCUUUCUACCGCCACUAUCGUCAUUGUCCCUGCCAAUUUAGUCAAUCAGUGGUUAGAUGAAAUCAAAAAGCAUACAAAGGAUGGGAGCCUGAAAAUGCUUGUGAUGGACAGCCUUAAGAAGGAACUUCCUGGUGCCGAGGCCUUGGCUGAUUUUGAUGUGAUUCUGUUUUCGAAGCCUCGUUGGGAACGAGAAAGAGACUGCAGUUGCUUCAGAGACGUCGAGAUUUAUUCAUCGCCGCUAAAGCAGAUCCACUGGUUACGGAUCAUUGUCGACGAAGGCCAUAGCUUUGCGUCUUCUGGUUCCAAGUCCAAUGCAGUCCUGGUUGCCGGCGAGCUUCAGACUGAUUCUCGGUGGGUCAUUAGCGGAACUCCGACAAAAGGAUUGAUGGGUGUUGAAGUCGAAUUGGCGGCUAGUGAGCACCAAAAGGUUGAAUGGGAGGAACGGGAUAACUUGAGCCCAAAGACGCGAAGAAAGGCUUUGGAAUCGCGCAAGUCUGGCGCCGACUGGCUUCAGGAGAAGAAGGACGUUGAAAAAUUAGGUCGCAUCGCGGUUGACUAUCUCAAACUCCGGCCAUGGGCAAAUGUCUGGCCAAUUGAACCCACGGCGCCGGCAUGGAUGUGGCAUAUGUAUCGACCUGCCGCUGCCGGCCAAUUUGCUGGGUAUUCUGAAUGCCUCAAACGUACUCUAAAGGGAUUGAUAGUGAAACACCGUGCAGAGGAUUUUGAAAUCGACGUACAGUUACCUCCGCUCUAUAAUCAAUUAGUCUACCUGGAGCCAGCAUUUUUCGAUCGUCUUUCCAUUAAUCUCUUCUUAGCAGUACUGACGACUAAUGCUGUUACUUCGGAGCGCGAAGAUACAGACUACUUAUGGCAUCCAAGAAACAGGAAGUCACUCAACACGCUGGUCUCGAAUUUGCGCCAAAGCGGCUUCUUCUGGACCGGCUUCAGCGAAAAAGAUGUGUCCGAGGCGCUCAAGCACGCUGAAAAUUACCUCGAAAGCAAAGGGGACCAAUGCCCCGAGCGAGAUCGCAACGCCUUGACCAAAGCAUUAGCCGUAGCAAAGAUGGCUCUUCAGUCUUCGGGAUGGCUCGCGUUUAGUCAAUUUCAUGAGCUGGGAUUGUUUGUCGAGAAAUGGCCUGAAGAACAUGCAGCUGCAUGGGCGCUCGAUGCCCGCGCUACGAUACCUAUGGUUGUCGGUCUUACACAACUCAUCAAGGCGCAAAAAUACGUCAAUAACCAGCUAUAUGCCUCUGACCCGAGCACUGGUCUGUCGGCAGCUGGCAAGUCUGCAAUGGAAGCGGCUUUCGAUCACGCCAGGACUCACAACAAAGACAGUGGAACCAAAGACAAGGGAAUUAGCACGUCUAGCUCUCUACAAGAGGCUCCACCAACUCCCAAGAAGAAACACAAAUGGUGGAAAGAACGUGGUCGGACACCAAAUCCAUCCGCUCUCAAGAGACCAUCUGCGCCAGUCAUGUGUCCUGCACUUCCACCUGACUCACCUCUUGCUCAAGCUUCGAUUACAGGCACUGCCUCCGCCAAGUUGAGUUAUCUCCUAGACAAGAUUCUCUCGCUUUACCGGAGUGAGAAGAUUCUUGUCUUUUACGAAGGAGAAGACAUUGCCUAUUAUAUUGCGCAAGCUCUGGAAGUAGUCGACAUUCAGUACCUCAUCUACGCCAAAUCGCUCUCCACUGAACGUCGUUCGUCUUACGUUGUCACUUUUAACACGACUGAAACAUUCCGAGUCCUCCUCAUGGACGUUAAUCAGGCAUCACACGGACUCAACAUGUCUUCGGCCAGCAGAGUGUUUUUUGUCAAUGCCAUCUGGCAGCCCAACGUCGAAGCACAAGCCAUCAAGCGUGCCCAUCGUAUUGGCCAGACGAGACCAGUCUACGUCGAGACCCUAGUACUCAAAGGCACAAUCGAGGACCAAAUGCUGCAGCGCCGAAAAUCUAUGACGAACCAAGAACUUCAAAAAGCCGAGAAAAGUCUCCUAGAUGACAACGGCAUGACAUCCAUCAUCCAACACGCAGAAUUCCUUCCGCUUUCUCCAGAGGAA